CUCGUUUUGCAGAUGGGGAAAUCGAGACUCUGGGAGGGGAAGACCAAAGCGAGACCCCUUCCACUCAGCUCCCACCUCCCCCCGCCCCCGUCCCCCGUCCCCCAUACGUCUUUAGGCCAGAUCUCUUUAGUAAAGGAGCAUUUAUUCUUCUCCCACCGGAUGCGGGGUCCCGAGGACGUGGAGACAGAAGCUCCCGGCGGCAUCGCCACGCCCCCCGUCUACGGGCAGCUGCUCGCUCUCUACUUGCUGCACAAUGACAUGAAUAAUGCCCGAUAUCUCUGGAAAAGAAUUCCUCCUGCUAUAAAAUCGGCAAAUUCUGAACUCGGGGGGAUCUGGUCAGUGGGGCAGCGAAUCUGGCAGAGAGAUUUCCCAGGCAUCUACACGACCAUCAGCUCACACCAGUGGUCAGAGACCAUUCAGCCCAUCAUGGAGGCACUCAGAGAUGCCACGAGAAGAAGGGCCUUCGCACUGGUUUCUCAGGCGUACACCUCGAUCAUCGCCGAUGAUUUCGCAGCAUUUGUCGGACUUCCCGUAGAAGAGGCCGUGAAAGGUGUCUUAGAGCAAGGAUGGCAGGCCGACUCCACCACGAGAAUGGUGAUGCCCAAGAAGCCCGGUUCCCUGGACGUUUCCUUUAACAGAUUUAUUCCUUUAUCAGAGCCUGCUCCGGUUCCGCCGAUCCCCAAUGAGCAACAGUUAGCCAGAUUGACCGACUACGUGGCUUUUCUUGAAAACUGAUUCUUCAUCUUUUCUGUUCAAGAUCAAACUUGGGAAUCCUGUGUAACUGAGCAAUCCAGAAAAGCGACUUUUUCAUUGUGUUCUGUUGGAUGAAACAGCCUAACAUUCUUUAUUAGAACUUUUUCAUUGUGUUCUGUUGGAUGAAACAGCCUAACAUUCUUUAUUAGAACAUGGGAUAAAAUACAUGUCAGAUACGUAUUUUUUGGUCCUUAAACAUUGUGCUGAAUUCAUCAUUGAAUGGCUUCUUAGUCCCAUAAUAUUUAUUAAUUUGGAGUACAACAGUAUUACGUGGUUAGGCCUUAUUCUGUAGUGAUUCCUGAUACCCGUCUCCAUUAGUGGUUUUUAAAUGCAGUGGUCGGCAAAGACAGUUAUCUCCCUAUAUUAGUAAAUCUUAGCUCUUCUCUGCUGACUUUUCAGUGUGCCCGCUGCUGGCAGUGAGAAAUAUGUCACGAGAGAGGGGACAGAGAGCCGACAGACUUCUCGGAGAAGAAGGGAGAACGCUGGGUAUGAGGGUCCGGUUCAAUCAGAUCCAGCUGCAAAAGGAAGGGCAAUGACAAGUUCAAAAAUUGAACCCCAGGUGGGGGGAUGCCGCCACCUCUUAGACCCUUCCCGAAGGAGAAGCCUCUUUGUGCCUCGGCCCCUUUCUAGUCCUCAACCUUAUCGAGAGCUUCUUGGUUAGAAUCUUGGCCUCUGGGGUCUUGCUUUUAGGCGUUGCCCUUUGGGCUCCUCUGGUGGCUGAGGUCUAGAGGGAAAGGCAGGCCCAUCUUUGCUGAAUUGGCUGGUGGAGGAAGACUUGUUAGGAAGCUGCUUAAGAAAGAGAUUGCAUUACAGAGGGGAUCUAGGCCACACUGUUGAGCUCCGAGAACGAUGCUCCUGAAAUUCUGGAGUUUCAAGUUGGCUCCUUACUUGGAAGGACUCAACUUCCAUUUAUAAUUCUAUUUAAAAAGAGAAUUUCACAAAUUUAUGCCGAUUGGAUAGUGCGUUUUAAUAAGUGCUUUUAUUGGGAGGUUUCAUUCAUUCAUGAGACUGGGAGAUUCUGAUAUUUGUAGUAAGAUUUCCUUCAGCGCACUGUACUACUGUACAUUUUUUGAAAACUUUAGUUGUUUUUCAAAGGGUCCUGAAUUGUGCACUGUUAUUUUAAAAGUCAAUUGCACAUGUGUGACAAUUAAUCUCAUAGGAUAUUUAUUUGAACCCAUUGAAGUCCUGGAGCUUUUUCUAAGUGUUGAAGGAAAUGUAAUUUCAGUGACAUUAAAUAUGUUUACACUAAA